AUGUCUAAGAAGCAGAAGAAAGUCAAAGUAGAAGAAAACAUCUCACUUGGACCUCAAGUUCGAGAAGGAGAGCUUGUCUUUGGUGUAGCACACAUAUUUGCAUCCUUUAAUGAUACUUUUGUUCACGUUACUGAUUUAUCUGGUCGUGAAACUAUCGUUCGAGUUACCGGUGGUAUGAAGGUAAAAGCUGAUCGUGAUGAAUCAUCUCCAUAUGCUGCAAUGUUGGCAGCUCAGGAUGUUGCUGUAAAAUGUAAAGAAUUAGGAAUUACCGCUUUACACAUUAAACUCCGUGCUACUGGUGGUAAUGGAACUAAAACUCCCGGUCCAGGUGCUCAAUCAGCUUUAAGAGCUUUAGCUAGAGCUGGAAUGAGAAUUGGUAGAAUUGAAGAUGUUACACCUAUCCCAACUGAUAGCACUCGUAGAAAAGGUGGUCGUAGAGGUAGACGUCUAUAA